AUGAACCCCGAAGAGGAAGCGACUGCACUGGCGAUGACUACGGGGUUGCCAGCGGAAUGGCUUCAGGAGCCGGUGACCUUCCGGGAUGUGGCGGUGGACUUCACCCAGGAAGAGUGGGGGCAGCUGGGCCCUGCCCAGAGAACCCUGUAUCGUGACGUGAUGCUGGAGACCUUUGGGCAUCUCCUCUCUGUGGGGCCUGAGCUUCCAAAACCUGAAGUCAUCUCCCAGCUGGAGCAAGGGGCUGAGCUAUGGGCAGCAGAGAGAGGAAUUGCCCAGGGCUACUGUCCAGGCCGGGAGCCUGGACCUCAAAGCCAAGUGCCACCCAAGGAGCUUGGCCUUCCUGAGGUGGAGACAUCCUGUGUCACCGAAAGGGAAGGCUUCCUGAGGGAUGCUUCCUGUCCCACCAUACUAGGGGAAGACUGGGAAUUGCAUAAGAGGAUUCACACGGGAGAAAGACCUUAUAUGUGCAAAGAAUGUGGGAAAGCCUUCAGCCAGAACUCCUCCCUGGUUCAGCAUGAGCGAAUCCACACAGGAGACAAGCCCUAUAAAUGUGCCGAGUGUGGGAAGUCUUUCUGCCAUAGCACACACCUUACAGUCCAUCGGAGAAUUCACACUGGAGAGAAACCCUAUGAAUGUCAGGACUGUGGGCGGGCCUUCAACCAGAAUUCAUCCCUGGGUCGGCACAAGCGGACACACACUGGAGAGAAGCCAUACACUUGUAGCGUGUGUGGGAAAUCCUUCUCACGGACCACUUGCCUGUUCCUGCAUCUGAGGACGCACACAGAGGAGAGGCCCUAUGAGUGCAACCACUGUGGGAAGGGCUUCAGGCACAGCUCCUCUCUGGCCCAGCAUCAGCGAAAGCAUGCUGGGGAGAAGCCCUAUGAGUGCCGCCAGAGGCUAAUCUUUGAGCAGACACCCGCUUUAACAAAGCAUGAAUGGACAGAAGCCCUCGGCUGUGACCCACCUUUGAAUCCAGAUGAGAGAGCUCACCGGAGCGACAGGCCUUUUAAGUGUAAUCACUGUGGGAAAUGUUUUAUUCAGAGCUCGCACCUCAUCCGACACCAGAUAACUCACACCAGAGAGGAGCCCCAGGGACGGAACCGGCGACGGCUUGAGCAGUCCUUUGUCCGGAGCUCACACCUUGGCCGCCAUCAGCAUACACACUCAACUGGCGGCGCCACCCUGCUGUGUGAGGGGUCGGCGGUGGUGGUGAGUCUGCGGUUCCGGCCUGAGGGCUUAUCUGCUGAGCUCAAACAGCCCAAAGACAGAGCAGAGUGGCAGGCAAUGGAGCCUGAGGAGCCAGCUCUUCCUUCUCAGGGGAGCAUCAAGGAAGACAAGCCCAAGGCCCAAGAUACUGCAUUCCCAGCAGAUGCCUUACACAAGCCUGUGACAUUUAAGGAUGUGGCUGUAGAUUUCACACAGGAGGAGUGGGGCCUGCUGGGCCCCACACAGAGGAUCCUAUACCGUGACGUGAUGCUGAGGAACUACAGCAACUUGGUGUCCCUGGGACUUCCCGAUUGCAAACCAGAUGUGAUCUCCAAGCUGGAGCAGUGGGAAGACCCCUGGACUGUGAAGAGAGAUGUCCCAAGAGGUCCAGACUCAGAGCCUGGGCCCCGAGCUGCAUGGCUGCCUCUAGAGAAGGGUGCUUUGCGUCAGGGGCAGAUGACAAUGGGACUCACAGGGCAGGAUUUCUGGCACACCAUCCAGAAAGAAGUCACAGAACAUGAAGGCCAGGUGGCAGAGAGACAAUGCCAAGCAGUGACACUCAGCCAGGGGAAGAAGAGCCCAGAGUGGAGCUUUGCAGGAACUUUCUCCUGGCACCCAUUCCUCACUGAGCAUCAGUGCAAUCCUCCAAGGGCUCAAGCUCCCACAAGCCACGUUGGCAAAAAGGGCCUCACCUGCAUUUCAGUCCUAGAUCAGGGGCGCCCCUGCCAAGAAGAGACAGUGUGUAUGGAAGCCCUCAGCUCUUUUCCAGACCUUAGUCGCCCACAAGGAGCUCACAUCGAGGGGGACACAUUGGUGUGUGGUGGGUGGGGAGAUGCCUUUGGCAAGAACACAUGCCUUGUGGGCUGUCAACAGAUUCCCAAUAAACGGAAGCCCUACACAUGCGAGGAGUGUGGGAAGGCCUUUGGACAGAGCACACAUCUCGUUCAACACCAGAGAACCCACACUGGUGAGAAGCCGUACACGUGCCAGGAGUGUGGACGGGCCUUCAGCAAGAACUCGUCCCUGGUUAAGCACCAGCGCAUCCACACAGGUGAGAAGCCCUAUGCGUGCAGCCACUGCAGCAAGCACUUCCGAGAGAACUCCUCCCUGGCCAAACACCAGCGGGUGCACACGGGCGAGAAGCCGUACACCUGUGGUGAGUGUGGGCGCGCCUUCAGCCAGAGCACUCACCUCGUGCAGCACCAGCGGAUCCACACUGGGGAGAAGCCGUUCGCCUGUUGUGAGUGUGGCAGAGCCUUUGCUGACUCCUCAGCCCUCCUGGUCCACCAUAGAACCCACACAGGAGAGAGGCCUUACGAGUGCCGCACGUGCUGCAAGGUGUUCAGCCUCAGCUCAUCGCUGGCCGAGCACGAACGCUGCCACACAGGAGAGAAGCCAUACGCAUGCCGGGAAUGUGGGAAAGCCUUCAGCCAGAGCUCAUCCCUCAGCAAGCACCUGAGGACACACACGGGUGAGAAGCCGUACACAUGCGGGGACUGUGGCCAUGCUUUCAGCCAGAGUUCCUCCCUGGCCAAACACCAGCGGUUGCACACUGGCGAGCGGCCUUACACGUGUAGAGAAUGCGGAAAGACCUUCAGCCAGGGCUCCUACCUGACCCAGCACCUCAAGAUCCACAGCGGCGAGAAGCCAUUCAUAUGCGGUGAGUGCAGGAAACCCUUCAGCGAUUCUUCAGCCCUAGUCCUGCACCAACGGGUGCACACAGGUGAGCGACCCUACAUGUGUGGAAAAUGCGGGAAGACCUUCAGCCAGAGCAAGUUCCUCACCCAGCACGAGAGGAUACACACUGGGGAGAAGCCCUUUGUGUGUGGUGACUGUGGAAGGGCCUUCGUGCAGAGCUCCUCCCUCACCCUCCACCUCAGGACACACACUGGGGAGAAGCCUUACAAGUGCAACGAGUGCGGCAAGGCUUACAUCCAGAUGUCACACCUCACUGAGCAUUACCGGGUGCACACAGGGGAGCGGCCCUACGUGUGCAAUGUGUGCAGCAAAGCCUUCAGCCGCAGCACACACCUCAUGCAGCACCAGCGUGUCCACACGGGCGCCAAGCCCUUCAUAUGCAGCCUGUGCCGGAAAACCUUCUGCGAGGCUGCGGCCCUUAUUCUGCAUCAGAGGGUUCACGCUGGACAGAAGCCCUUUGAGUGUCACAAAUGUGAGAAAAACUUCAGCCAGAGCAGAUCUCUGGUCCAGCAUCGGAAAAUUCAUCCCCUGGCCCAACUCUCCGUUCACCUCCGCCACGACCCCGCCAUGGGCCAGCCUUCUGCCCGCUGCCCGCCCAGACUACAACUCCCGGCGUGCCCCGAGGGUGCGCAGGAGGGGGCCCGGGGCCUUCUGGGGAUUAUGAUCCAGGAGGACGGGAGCGCCGCGUGCGCGCUGUGGAGCUCGGGACCCGAGACCCGCCGAGAGCUGUGGUCCUGCGCCUCCGUGUGCUUCAGUGCGGCCGGACGCUGUGGACUCGGACUGCUGGUUUACCACGUGUUGGCGGUGUGCCGGGCCUGUACUGGACGCUCGUCGCGGAGCGCCUCGGACCCAGUUCCAACACUCCAGCCAUCCUGUGCCUCACUUUUGUGCUGCUCCUUGAUGGCCAUCCCCAAGAACGCUCUGAGCCCAGUGCCCUGGGAACAGGAUGGUUUUCUACGCGUGAAGGUGGAGGAUGAGGAGGCCAGCCUCUCUGAGAUCCAGGAAUCUAGCUCUGGCCACACUGCCCACCCUGAGGCUGCACGUCUUCGUUUCCGGCGCUUCUGCUAUGAGGAGGCUUCCAACCCACAUGAGGCCCUGGCCCAGCUCCGUGAACUGUGCCGCCAGUGGCUGCAGCCUGAAGCACACUCCAAGGAGCAAAUGCUGGAGCUGCUGGUGCUGGAGCAGUUCCUGGGUGUACUGCCCCCCAAGAUCCAGUCCUGGGUGGGUGCCCAGUUCCCCAAGAGUGGUGAGGAGGCUGCCAUGCUGGUGGAAGGUCUGACUCGGGCACUCGACAAGAGAGGAUGGGACCCGGGAGCCAAGCUGUCAGAGGCAAGCUGCAAGCAGAGUGAUUUUUUGAAAGAGUCAGAGCCAUUAGACAGGGCCACUGAAACCCUCAUGAGAGGUAUUUCCCAGGGACCCACUUUUGGUGAUGCUUGUGAACCUGAGGGCGGCUCAGAGAGGCAGGCAGGACUCUCGGAGGAAAUGUGGACAAAGUCUGUCCCCCAAGAGAUGGAUUUCAGGAAAACUUCAGAGCCUCACAAGGAUGUUCCCACCAACCAGCCCAGCUGUGAAUCGGGUGUCUUGGGGAAUAGUCCCAAUGUGUGGCCAAAUUUCACCUCACAAGAGAAGACACCAGAAGAGAAAUUUGAUCCAGUGGAUGUUGAUAGGACAGAGCCUCCGUGCAUUUACUCAGGGAGGAAGUCUUCCAAGUGUAGUGAAUGUGGGAAAACAUUCCAGAGCCCCUCAGCCCUCGAGACACACCAGAAGAGCCAUUCUCGGAAGACACCCUACACCUGUAGUGAGUGUGGGAAAGCCUUCAGCCGGAGCACUCACUUGGCCCAGCAUCAAGUCAUCCACACGGGUGCAAAGCCCCAUGAGUGUAAAGAGUGUGGGAAGGCCUUCAGCCGGGUCACCCACCUAACUCAGCACCAGAGGAUCCACACUGGAGAAAAACCCUACAAGUGCGGGGAAUGUGGCAAAACGUUCAGCCGCAGUACCCAUCUCACUCAACACCAGCGGGUGCACACAGGGGAGAGGCCCUAUGAGUGUGAUGAGUGUGGGAAGGCCUUCAGUCAGAGCACCCACCUGACUCAGCACCAGCGCAUCCACACUGGGGAGAAGCCCUACAAGUGCGACACUUGUGGGAGAGCCUUCAGUGACUGCUCAGCUCUAAUACGCCACCUGAGAAUCCACUCCGGAGAGAAGCCAUAUCAGUGUAAGAUUUGUCCGAAGGCCUUUGCACAGAGCUCCUCCCUCAUUGAGCACCAGAGGAUCCACACAGGAGAGAAGCCAUACAAGUGCAGUGACUGUGGGAAGGCCUUUAGCCGCAGCUCAGCCCUCAUGGUUCACCUGAGGAUCCACAUUACAGUACUGCAGUAA